AUGCUGGCUGUGUCACUCAAGUGGCGGCUGGGUGUGCUUGGCUCCAAGGGAGUUUAGUGGGUAGCAGGAGAGACAAUAGUGGACAUGCUGUGUGGGCUCAGUCGGGAGACCCCUGGAGAGGCCGAUGAUGGGCCAUACUGCAAAGGAGGAAAAGACAUGGGUGGGCCUGACAUGGCCCUGGUGUGCCGCAGAGAGAGCAUUCCAGAGGAGUUCCGAGGGGUCACCGUGGUGGAACUGAUCAAGAAAGAAGGCAGCACACUGGGCCUGACCAUCUCAGGGGGCACUGACAAGGAUGGGAAGCCCAGGGUCUCCAACCUGAGACCUGGGGGUCUCGCAGCCAGGAGUGACCUGCUGAACGUUGGGGACUACAUCCGGUCAGUGAAUGGGAUCCACCUGACCAGGCUUCGCCAUGAUGAGAUCAUCACCGUGCUCAAGAAUGUGGGCGAGCGCGUGGUGCUGGAGGUGGAGUAUGAGCUGCCCCCACCUGCUUCAGAGAACAACCCAGGAACCAUUUCAAAGACAGUGGAUGUCUCCCUCUACAAGGAAGGCAGUAGCUUUGGCUUUGUCCUCAGAGGAGGUGCCCAUGAAGAUGGACACAAGUCCCGCCCCCUCGUCCUGACUUAUGUGCGGCCUGGUGGCCCAGCUGACAGGGAGGGUUCCUUGAAGGCAGGUGACCGGCUACUCAGUAUUGAUGGUGUCUCUCUGCAUGGGGCCAGCCAAGCUGCUGCUCUGGCCACCCUGCGGCAGUGUAGCCACGAGGCUCUCUUCCAGGUGGAGUACGACGUGACCAUCCCUGACACGGUGGCCAAUGUGUCAGGGCCCUUGCUGGUAGAGAUUGCCAAGGCACCAGGCUCCACCCUGGGCAUCUCGCUGGCCACGUGCUCCCACCGCAAUAAGUCAGUCAUCACCAUUGACCGCAUCAAGCCAGCCAGUGUGGUGGACAGGAGCGGAGCGCUGCACGCCGGGGAUCACAUCCUGUCCAUCGACGGCACCAGCACUGAGCACUGCUCGCUGCUCGAUGCAACCAAACUCCUGACCAACAUCUCAGAGAAAGUGAGGCUAGAGAUCCUGCCUGCACCCCAAAGCCGGCAGCCCCCGAAGACCUCAGAGGCAGUGAAGAUACAGAGGAGCGAGUGGUCUCAUCCCUGGGAACCCUGCCUGCCCUCCUGCCACAGCCCCCGGCCUCCCAGCCACUGCAGGACGCCCACCUGGACUACGCCAGCCAGCCAGGACCAAAGCAGAUCCCUGUCCUCGACUCCCUUUUCCUCGCCGACCAUGAACCACGCCUUCUCCUGCGCCAACCCCAGCCCUCUUCCCCGUGGAGCCCAGCCAAUGAGCCCCAGGACCACAAUGGGGCGAAGGCGGCAGCGAAGAAGGGAGCACAAAAGCUCACUGUCGCUGGCCUCCAGCACGGUGGGACCAGGUGGACAGAUUGUACACACAGAGACCACCGAGAUUGUGCUCUGUGGAGAUCCCCUCAGCGGAUUCGGCCUCCAGCUCCAGGGUGGCAUAUUUGCCACUGAGACCCUUUCUUCUCCGCCCCUCGUGCGCUUCAUUGAACCCGACAGCCCUGCCGAGAGGUGUGGGCUGCUGCAGGUGGGGGACCGUGUCCUUUCCAUCAAUGGCAUUGCUACCGAGGACGGGACGAUGGAGGAAGCCAACCAGCUGCUACGGGACGCUGCUCUGGCCCACAGGGUCGUGCUGGAGAUCGAGUUUGAUGUGGCAGAGUCUGUCGUCCCAAGCAGUGGCACCUUCCAUGUGAAGCUGCCCAAGAGGCGUGGCGUGGAGCUGGGCAUCACAAUCAGCUCGGCCAGCAGGAAGCGAGGAGAGCCCCUGAUCAUCUCUCACAUCAAGAAAGGCAGUGUGGCACACAGAACUGGCACCCUGGAGCCGGGUGACAAACUGCUGGCUAUUGACAACAUCCGCUUGGACAACUGCCCCAUGGAGGACGCUGUGCAGAUCCUACGACAGUGUGAGGACCUGGUGAAGCUGAAGGUCCGGAAGGAUGAAGACAACUCUGAUGAACAGGAGACCACAGGUGCCAUCAGCUACACGGUGGAGCUAAAACGCUACGGGGGUCCCCUGGGCAUCACCAUCUCGGGCACGGAAGAACCUUUUGACCCCAUCAUUAUCUCAGGCCUCACCAAGCGUGGUCUGGCUGAGAGGACCGGUGCCAUCCAUGUUGGGGACCGCAUCCUGGCCAUCAACAGCGUUAGCCUCAAGGGCCGGCCACUGAGUGAGGCCAUCCACCUCCUGCAGGUGGCUGGGGAGACUGUCACACUGAAGAUCAAGAAGCAGCUGGACCGUCCCCUCACACCCCGAAAGUCAGGCAGCCUCAGUGAAGCCAGUGAUGCGGAUGAGGACCCUCCUGAGGCUGUCAAAGGAGGCCUGCUGGCUCCCCGACUUUCACCCGCUGUGCCCAGUGUGGACAGUGCUGUGGAGUCCUGGAGCAGUUCAGCUACAGAGGCCGGCUUUGGAGGCACAGGUUCCUGCACUCCCCAGGCGGCAGUCCGGGGCCUGGUCCCCCAGGAGUGGCGACCUGGUCGCCUGAGGAGCAGCCCCCCACUCUCGGAACCCCGGAGGAGGAGCUAUCCCCCGGCCCCUGUGGAUGAGAACUUCCUUGAGGAAGAGGAGGAGGAUUGGGAGCCACCAACUAGCCCAGUUCCUGGCUCCACCAGUGAGGAGGGCUUCUGGCGCGUGUUUGGGGAAGCUCUCGAAGACCUGCAGUCAUGUGGUCAGACAGAGCUUCUGAGAGAGCUAGAGGCAUCCUUCAUGACAGGCGCUGUGCAGAGUGUGGCCCUCCAGAACAGGCCUGGCCCCGGGCUCUGGCACAGGAACUGGGAAGACCACCCUCCCCCUGAAUCGAUGCAGGAGCUGUUGCUGCCGACACCUUUGGAGAUGCACAAGGUGACCCUGUACAAGGACCCCAUGCGGAAUGACUUUGGGUUCAGCGUCUCAGAUGGUUUACUGGAGAAAGGUGUCUAUGUCCACACGGUACGACCUGAUGGGCCAGCCCAGCGCGGGAGCCUCCGGCCCUUCGACAGAAUCCUCCAGGUCAACCAUGUCCGAACACGGGACUUCGACUGCUGCUUGGCGGUGCCGCUCCUGGCUGAGGCAGGCGACGUCCUGGAGCUGGUGGUCAGCCGAAACCCGCUGGGCCAGACCAAUCGAGUCCCAUACUCACCGGGCCCCCGCAGUCCCAGAAUGCUCUGA